ACUCAGCCAUUGUACACAGUAGGCUAAUUGACAGGCCGAAAUCCAUUCUGUCCCACAAACAGUCAUAUAAACACACACGUCACAGCCAUAAAAGUUUUGUUAUUUUGUUCGUUUCUUUUUGUUUUUGUUUUUUGUUUUAAUCCAUGCAGUUUGGUAAUGAAGGUCCCUAUCCCGGGGAGAUGAGGGUCUAUCUGUUCCGCAAGCUCCUGACAUCACCCACGGACGUGCAGCGGGAAGUAAGUGAGCAGGCGAUCGCUGAGGUGUUGAAUCAGGUUCUCACUGGACGCAUAAGCACAAUCUUCAUUUGCGGCGGACUGGACACUGGAAAUGGCAGCGAUCCGACUAAUAUUGUCACCCGAAUUCUCGGCGAGCUCUUUACCAGCGUUUACUCGAUGGAGAUGAAUAUGGAAGUGAACGUUUCGGUGCGUUAUGUUGAAUUGAACGGAGAAUCUGACGACUUGGUUAUGAACCUAAAGGGAGCCAAUCGCCGAGCGUCCCGAGAUCACUUUGUGGCCACCUCACGCGAGGUGAACACCUAUAUCGAGAAGGUCAUGUAUAAAGUGCGAGAGGGCAGUGAUUGUCCACAUCUAAUUUUCACUAUCAGUGUGAUUCAGGCCAAUAAUGCAAAAAUGUUGCGAACAUGUUGUGGCAAACUGCAGCUGGUUUACAUGCAGCAACUGGCGGAGGAUUCGCCACCACUAGAAUCUGACAAGCCCCUCAACACCCUGCUAAAUUUGUUCCAAGCCCUGGGCUACAACCUGAAGUCCCACAUUAGAUAUCACAAUAUAAAGUUGACCAGGUUGUUUAAGCAGCUAAUGGGCAAUGAAGGCAGAACGGUGCUAAUCAAUUAUAAAGAUCCAGCAGAUCCUCAACCACAGAUCGUCUUAGAGGCCCCUGCACCCACACCCUCGUCCUCUCCCAAUAGCAGUUUGACUGCCGAAAUCUGGAGCGCAAUGUUCAGGCAAGAGCGAAGAAAGUAUGUAUGCCUAAGGGAGAAGGUCCUGGAAAUGAUACCUGAAAAGAAAGAAUUGGAACAGUUCCUAGAGAGCCUGGAAAGUGGCGAUUGUAAGGAGGCCGAAGAAAAGAGCUCAGAGGGAGACGUUGAAAAAGAGGAAGAGAAUCGCCUCCUGCAACAAACAAUUCAUGAGAUUCGCUUACAGGCUGAGGCAUCCAUUGCAAAGCUUCAGGAUCUCGAGGUGGACAUUAAUAGUCUAACAGACAGAAACCAUUACUUGGAGCAGCAACUUGACCAGAAGAACACUCAACUAGACAGGCAAUGCUACCUCCUGAGAUCCGUUCAUAUGGAGCUUAUAGAUCAAAAGCGAAUAUUCCAGGACAAACUAGCAGAGUACGCUGAAAUGUUCCAAGGGAUGUGGCAGCAGCAGAGUGCGGAAAUCCAGGAGCAGGAGCAUGUGCAGCGACACCAGUUGUCCAAAAUGUUUGAUACCAUCUGCCAGGCAUUUCAUCUGUGUAGUCACAAAAGACCAGCCCGGAUGCUGCUGGAGGAUGAGCUGGAGAAGAGCCCAGUGGAAGACCCUAAACUCUAGAGUUUUGCACUCGGCUCCCAGCGAAGAGGCCGCGAAGCCACCCGCUUAAAGGUCAGCCAGCCAGUCGGUUGUCGUUUUCAGAUCUUGCUAACUCCAAAGCCAUCCGGACCAGUCACGAACCAUUCGGUGCCAUCUCACACAUUCCCCAGCGCAUCUGGCUGUGCCACUUUGCCAUUUAGCUGGCGCGACGGAACCAAAACGAUCGCUGUCGGCAAGUUCGUUGCCUAAGUCUUUCGUUUCGCCCACCAGUUUUACGCUGUAAAAACUGCAAGGACGGGUGGGGAUGGUAAGACGUGAAAUAAAUCCUUUUAAUUAGUAUUCAGUAACUAUUAAAUUAUAGUUAAACUGCCUAAAUUGAAUAAUGUUUAAUGUAUUCUGUUCCUUAAUCUGAAAA